AUGGAGACUAAAUUCUGUGUUCUGAACCCAUUGACAAGAGAAUUUAAGGAAUUUAAAAAGCCUGGAAAGUAUUAUGCCGAUGUUACCUAUGGAUUUGGGUAUGAUAGCAACAUUGAUGAUUACAAACUGGUGAUGACAUCAAACUAUGAAAGAGAUUGUUGCUAUAUAAUUGAUGUUUAUACAGUGAAAUCAGAUUCAUGGAGUAGUAGUAUUCAAGGCAUGGCUAAAUUCUCAUUUCCCAGUGGUAAAGGAUAUUGUGGUGUGCUUUUCAAUGUUUGUCUUCAUUGGUUGGCAAGUACGGGCACUCACAAAGUAUCGUCCGAAGUUAUCUUCUCUUUUGAUAUUUGCAAUGAAGUGGUGGUGAAUAUGUCUUUACCUGAAAAUAUUAUGCCGCCUACAGAUUAUUCAGGAGAAGUUUAUAAAAAUGUGGGAGUAUGGGGAGACUGUGUUGGUAUAGCUUUUCUUUGCAAUUCAGUUAGGAUUGACGUGUGGGUGAUGCAGGAGUAUGGAGCGAAGGACUCUUGGAUCAGAAAAUAUACCACAACUCAACUGCGGUUGCCCUUUCCCUUGCAAGAAAUUGCGUUUUGGACGCCGCUUUGGUGCUUUAACAAUGGUGAAAUUCUAGUAGAAACUGGCAAGCAAAUACUUUUAUAUGAACCAAAAACUGAAAGAGUUACAUCGGUGGUAGCCCGUGAUAUUGUUAUGGACAAUAGUCGGCAGAUUUAUGUGGAGAGCAUAGUCUCACUUGGCUCUGGUACUUAUCUGGAGAAACUGAUUACAGAUGAGAUCGUGAAGAAUCCCGAGUGA